AUGUUGCAGUUUAAGAGGCAGCAAGAGUUUCCUUUCCUAAAACAUAUAGGCAGAGAGAUGGAAGCACCAAACAUCCUCCUGCAGCCCAGCAAGGAGAAGGAAAAGGAAAUUGUUAAUGCAGACAAGCAGAGUGGUACCUCUGCCACCACUCCCUUGAAUGUCCAACCCCUACUGCAACUGGGACCUGAGGGGAAUUACAACUAUUAUGUGGAUGAUGAAGAUGAGGAAGAUGAAGAGAAAGAACAAGAAAAAUGGCCACAUGAAGAGUCAUUUAAAGGAGAAGGCAAGGCCUCAUCAUUUAUUCCUUGUUCCCCUGCUCUUUCCCCUGGAGCCCCAGCCACAGCUCCUGCUCCAUCUGUGCUGAACAUCAAUGUUGGUGGCCAAAGUUACCGCCUCACCUACCAGGCAGUGGCCAUCUAUCCCAAGACCCGCUUGGGCCGCCUGGCUACCUCCACUGACCGUCGUUGCCAGCUGGGCCUGUGCGAUGACUACGCUGCCCAGGUUGAUGAGUAUUUCUUUGACCGGGACCCAGCCGUCUUCCAGCUGGUGUACAAUUUCUAUGCCUCGGGGGUGCUGCGGGUGAGGGACGAGCUGUGCCCCCGCAGUUUCCUGGAGGAGCUGAGCUACUGGGGCGUGCGUCUCAAAUACACACCCCGCUGCUGCCGCAUCUGCUUCGAGGAGCGCCGGGACGAGCUGAGUGAGCAGCUGAAGGUCCAGAGGGAGCUGCGCUCCCAGGCAGAGGCUGAGGAGAAUGAGCAGCUCUUCCACCACAUGCGCUACUACGGUCCCCAGCGCUGGCGCCUCUGGAACCUCAUGGAGAAACCCUUCUCCUCUGUCACUGCCAAGGUGAUGGCAGUGGCCUCCAGCUUCUUUGUGCUCAUCUCUGUGGUGGCCCUGGCACUCAACACGGUAGAGGAGAUGCAGCAAGUAGACUGGAAGAGUGGGGAUAGCCGGCCUGUCUUGGAGCACGUUGAGACCUUGUGCAUUGCAUUCUUCACACUGGAGUAUGUGCUGCGCUUGGUCUCUACCCCAGACCUGCGCCGCUUUGCCAGCAGUGCCCUCAAUGCAGUAGACCUCAUUGCCAUCCUGCCCCUCUACCUGCAGCUGCUGCUUGAAUGCUUUAUUGACGAUGACCAGCCCCGGGGUCGGGGCUCCCAACAUGAGCACGAUAUUGAGAAGGUGGGACGAGUGAGCAAGGUAGGACAAGUGCUUCGCAUCAUGCGCCUCAUGCGCAUCUUCCGCAUCCUCAAGCUGGCCCGCCACUCCACAGGGCUGCGUGCCUUUGGCUUUACCUUGCGCCAGUGCUACCAGCAGGUGGGCUGCCUUUUGCUCUUCAUUGCUAUGGGCAUCUUUGCCUUCUCUGCCAUGGUCUACACAGUGGAGCACGAUGUCUCCAGUACCAACUUCACCAGCAUUCCCCACGCUUGGUGGUGGGCUGCCGUCAGCAUCUCUACAGUGGGAUAUGGAGAUAUGUGUCCAGAAACUCACCUUGGACGCCUGUUUGCUUUCCUCUGCAUUGCUUUUGGAAUAAUCCUGAAUGGCAUGCCCAUCUCCAUCCUCUACAAUAAAUUCUCAGACUAUUACAGCAAGCUGAAGGCCUACGAGUACACAGCUCUCAAGAAAGAAAGAGGGAAGGUCGACUUCGCACGGAGAGCCGUGAGGAAAAUAUCUGAGUGCUGUGGAGAGGGCGCAUCCCACCCUUUGUCACAGCAAUGA